UCUUAUAUAUAUACACACACUAUAGGUACAUACCAAUAUACUCAAACCAUGGCUUGCAGAUACAUAGUAUCCAUUAUUCCCACCAUGCAGACACAGAAACCUCAUAGUAUUAAAAAUCAAAUUCAUCCUGAAACGUGGGUUUCUACCUAUAAACCAAAUAUUUGGAAAUAUGAUCAUCUACUUUCUCUUACAACUCAAUAUUCUGAAAAGAAGUGCUACCAAAUUGAAGCUAAGAAGCUUAAAGAGGAAGUAAUAAGUUGCACGUUUUCAAAGAGUUAUAGUCCAGUAGCCCUGCUGGAACUUGUUGACAUAAUUGACAAAUUUGGUCUCAGUAAUUACUUCCAGGUUCAGACUAAGGUAGCUUUGGAAAAGACAAUUAUGCACAUGAAAAGUUGUAGCUCAAAGGAGGAGGACUUAUAUGCUACUGCAUUAUGCUUUAGGAUCCUCAGAGAACAUGGCUACCAUGCUUCACAAGAUAUGACAAAGAAAGUGUCAGAUAUAAAAACAUUAUUUGAGCUUUUGGAAGGGUCAUAUCUGAGCAUGGAUGGUGAAAAUUUACUAAACGACAUAAGAUUGUUCUCAACCAAAAAUUUAUCAGAUGUUGACACUAGUUUUAUUACUAAUAAUAAGGAAUAUUUGAGCAAUAGCUUGAAUUAUUUUCCAUUGGCAUGGAGCUCGAGAUGGUAUGAUGUUAGAAGACACAUAACAAUGUCUGGUGAACAAGGCAACAAAACAAAUCCAGUAUUGCUCAAUUUGGCAAAACUUAACUUCAAUAUAGUUCAAGCCACGCACCUAAAAGAUCUCAAAGAUGUAAUAAGAUGGUGGAUUAAUCUUGACAUAGUUGAAGAUUUGUUCUUUACAAGGGACAGGAUAGUAGAAUGCUUUUUUUUCGCUGGAGGAAUUGCCUCUGAGCCUCAACAUGAAAGAAUUAGAAAAUGGGUUACCAAAGUGUUUCAGUUGGUAUUAAUAAUAGAUGAUGUUUUUGAUAUUUAUGGUUCAUUAGCCGACGCACAACAAUUUACUCGUGCCAUAGACAAGUGGGAUCCAAAUGAAGUACAAGGUCUACCAGAGUGUAUACAGAUUUGUUUCAGAGCAUUGUAUGAUACAGUAGAAGAUAUAUCUGCUGAAGUUGAUCACCAACAAAAAGGAUGUGCCCCUUCAGCAUUUCCUUGUCUGAAACAAGGCUGGCUCAACUUUUGUAAAGCCAUGCUGGUGGAAGCAAAGUGGUACAACGAAGGCCAUAUACCAACACUUGAAGAGUAUCUUAACAAUGGGUGGAUCUCAUCCACCGUUCCAUUACUUUCUGAUUAUGUGAUUUAUGGUCUCACGAAUGAUAAAAUAACAAAUGAAACACUUGAUUCAAGUAAAAAUUUCCAAGAAAUUAUUUACCAUUCUUCAGUUAUAUUUCGACUUUCCAAUGACCAAGGUACCUCAACGGCGGAGUUAGAGAGAGGUGAUGUUGCUUCAUCAAUUAUAUGCUACAUGCAACAAGAAAAUGUCUCCGAGGAGGUAGCUCGAGAGCAUAUCGAAAGCAUAAUAUUGAAUUCUUGGAAGAAGAUCAACUAUCAUUUUAAUACCCUUUCAAUAUCACAUCGAGAAAUUGCUAAGCAUAUAAUAAAUGUAGCACGAAUGGGGCAUGUCAUGUACCAAUUUGGAGAUGGAUUUGGGGUUCAAGAUGGCAAAAUUCAAGAUCAGAUCCUAAUUAACUUGAUUGAGCCUAUUACAUAAUUGAUCUCAGCAAGGACGAUCAUUUUCUAGCCUUCUAGAAUCUGCUAUAUGUAUGAAUAAGAAUGAUGGGAGGUUUUGUGUACUAAGAUUUAUAUAUAUAUCGGGUUGUGCCCUUCAAUUGUAUUUAAUAGUAAAAUCUCUCUUAUAAAUAUCUCGUCGAUGACUUUAUUUUAACAUAUUAUUUAGAAUCUUUGUGUGUG